AUGUCCAAGACAUUCAGCAAUGCCGAUGUGGCAGCGCACAACAAGACCAGUGAUUUAUACAUUGUGGUCGACGAAGAUGUCUACGAUCUGACCAAGUUCCAGGACGAGCAUCCAGGUGGCAAGAAAAUCCUCCAACGAGUCGCCGGCAAAGACGCCUCGAAGCAAUUCUGGAAAUAUCACAACGAGAGCAUCCUCAAGAAAUACAAGUCACAACUGCAAGUCGGCUCGUUAGACUCGAAGAAGCAAACUGCGCCCCCUCCGACGCCACCUGCAACACCACCUGCAGAGAAGCCCAAAGCUGAACCAGUUGCUGAAUCCGGCACUGUCUCAGUAGCACCCGUCGGCCAGCCUAAUCUCCUCGCCCUGGCAGAGAAUGCAGAACCAUUAGAUACGUUCGGCAGCCUCAUCCCCUACAGCGACCCCAACUGGUAUCAGUCCUACCACUCUCCCUACGUCAAUAAGACCCACGAGGCCCUCCGAGCUGAAGUCCGUGAAUGGGUUGACACCGAACUCGAUCCCUACGUUACUGAGUGGGAUGAGGGCAAGAACGUCCCUGAGAAGAUCUACAAACAGAUGGGUGAGCGCGGCUACCUUGCUGGUCUGCUAGGCGUCCACUACCCUACACAUCUGACCGACAAGCGAGUCAAGAGUGUUCCUCCCGAACAGUGGGAUCUAUUCCACGAGAUGCUCUUGACCGACGAGAUUUCCCGCACCGGCUCCGGCGGCCUAGUCUGGAACCUGAUCGGCGGCUUCGGCAUCGGCUGUCCUCCGGUCGUAAAAUACGGCAAGAAGUCUCUUCAGGAACGCAUCCUCCCAGGCAUCCUCUCCGGCGACAAGCGCAUCUGUCUAGCCAUCACCGAACCCGACGCCGGCUCCGACCUCUCCGAGGAUGGCAAGCACUUCAUCGUCAACGGCGAGAAGAAAUGGAUCACCAACGGCAUCUGGUGCGACUAUUUCACCACCGCGGUACGCACCGGCGGACCAGGCAUGAGCGGCGUCUCAUUACUCCUCAUCGAACGCGGCGAGGGUGUCUCCACUCGACGAAUGGACUGCCAGGGCGUGUGGUCUUCCGGCACGACAUACAUCACCUUCGAGGACGUCAAAGUCCCCGUCGAGAACCUGCUCGGAAAGCAGAAUAAGGGCUUCCAGGUCAUCAUGACAAACUUUAACCACGAGCGCAUCGGGAUCAUCAUCCAGUGCAUCCGCUUCUCACGUGUGUGUUUCGAGGAGAGCGUCAAGUACGCCAGCAAGCGCAAGACUUUUGGUCAGGAACUGAUCAAGCACCCCGUUAUUCGUCUCAAGCUGGCACACAUGGCGCGACAAAUCGAGUCGAGUUAUGCGUGGUUAGAGAACUUGGUCUUCCAAUGCCAGAUGAUGGGCGAGACGGAGGCGAUGUUGAAGCUGGGAGGUGCCAUUGCGGGUCUGAAGGCUCAAGCGACCACGACGUUUGAAUUCUGCACGAAGGAGGCGGCGCAGAUCUUUGGUGGCUUGGCUUAUAGUCGUGGUGGGCAGGGUGCCAAGGUCGAGAGGCUGUAUCGGGAUACGUUGGCGUAUAAGAUUCCGGGCGGGUCGGAGGAGAUCAUGUUGGACUUGAGUGUGAGGCAGAGUAUGAAGGUGCAUAAGGCGUUGGGGAUGAAGUUGUGA